AUGAUCUGUAGUUGUAAACUACAGAUCAUAGAAAUUAUAAGUCGAUCAUCAACUACUAGCAGAAUUCUGUUAGAUGUUCCUUGCAAAGUCUGCCAGGAUCAUUCUUCUGGAAAACAUUAUGGGAUCUUUGCCUGUGAUGGGUGUGCUGGCUUCUUUAAGAGAUCAAUAAGGAGGAACCGUCAGUACUCCUGCAAAGGGCGUGGCAGCGGAGUCAACAAGUGUCCUGUGGACAAAACGCAUAGGAAUCAGUGCAGAUCCUGCAGAUUAAAAAAAUGUCUGGAAGCUGGAAUGAACAAAGAUGCAGUCCAGCACGAAAGGGGUCCACGCAACUCGACCAUCCGGAGAUCUGUUCUCUCGUACUUGAAGGAGUCCGGGAGCAGUCCGGGAAGCGUCACACCCCCGCAUUUCCCGCCGCCCCAGCACGUUGUCAACUUAUUGGCUACCGACCACAGAGGAGCGCCCUGCCCAACAACUGCUCUGGUCGCUCAGACCACUUUAUCUAGUCUGUCUCCGCAUGGAUUUCCGGGACCCUUAUGCCAUCCCACACCAAAGUAUCCUUUCCACAUGUUGUUCCCUACCACCAUCAUCAGCAAUCCCGAGACGAUCUGCGAAUCAGCGGCCCGUUUGCUCUUCAUGAAUGUCAAGUGGGUUAAGAGCGUUCCCGCCUUUAUGGCGCUGCCAGUCAAAGACCAGUUGUUGUUAGUUCAAGAGAGCUGGAAAGAAUUGUUCUUGUUGAGCUGCGCUCAGUUCAACCUACCAUUGGAUGUUAACCAUCAACUAUCUGCAUCGGGUCUGAGUGCAAGCGAUGAUGCAGAAAAAAUAGCGACUAUAGUAAAAGAGGCCAACGUGUUUCACGACAUUCUCCUCCAGUUUAAGCAUAUGAUGGUAGACCAAACAGAAUAUUCCUGCAUGAAAGCCAUUGUCCUUUUCAAAACAGAAUUUUCUGGCGGCUCAUCAGAAGCUCGAGGCCUAAGCUUUCUGCAAUCGGUAUCAGAAAUCCAAGAUCAAGCUCAACUGACACUCAGCAAGUACAUUCACACGACGUACCCCAUGCAGCCGUUCAGAUUUGGCAAGUUCCUCCUCAUGGUGCCAUCCUUCAAGAACGUCGGUACUGACACAAUCGUCGAACUCUUCUUCAGGAAGACCAUUGGGGACAUAUCCAUCGAAAAACUCAUUGUCGAUUUGUUUCAAUCCAAUGACAUUGUUGGCUCGUAUCCAGUGAGAGAAUGA